UUGUAUGAAUCUUCUUUUGCUUAAUGUGGCAUAGUCUAUAAAAAUAUCUACGUGUCUUCAAUUACUGUAAUUUAUGAUUUUUUAGUUAUUUACUCACCAUUUUCCACUUAUCAAUUAAAAGUAAUCACUUAAUACAAAUCGUGAUUAAUUAACCCACGACACACCGCAGAAAGCAGAAAAAAUCACUGCACAUUCUUAACCCAAUAUUCUUCCCUCCACCCACCCAUUUUACGCAUGAGUCAUGGCAGGGACACACUUUAAAACUCGUUAAAUUUUUCAUCUUACCUCACCUCUUAUCACGGCAUUAAUACCUAAGUAACACUCCAAAAGACUGUUGCAUAGUUAGUUUGUAGAUAGUAGGUACCUAUCAUCAAAUCAUGUUUUGUGCCGUGUUCUUUCUCCAUUUCAUCCUUUUUGUACAAGCACAAUGGGAAUUCGAAUCGACUAAUCACGAUCUCUGCAAAACACCUCACCACCAAGAUGGAAAAUGCACCCCGAUUUAUUCAUGCAAACCAAUCUUGGAUUUACUAGACCAGGUACCUCAACCCUUACCACCAGAAAUUUCAGAUUAUUUAAAAUCAUACCACUGCGGUUUUGAUGGCAAUUCACCGAAAGUGUGUUGCCCCUCAAAACCAAUCUACUUCAACAACGCAGAAGAACCAACAUUUCCCGACGUUUCGAGACACAGAAAUACUUAUCUGCUACCGCGAAAAUGUGGCCAAUUUGACUCCCUUGACAAAAUUGUCAACGGUAACAAGACUGGUAUUUUUGAGUUUCCUUGGAUGGCUUUAUUGUCCUACCAAACCCGAAAUGGUCCCCAGUUUAAGUGUGGCGGCACAAUAAUCAACCCCAGAUAUAUUUUAACAGCGGCACAUUGUGUCACAAACCUCAAAACACCAUUAUUGGGGGUUCGAGUUGGUGAACACGAUCUAAGAACCGUUACUGACUGUGAAACCAAUAAAGACAAAGAAAGAUUUUGCGCACCUCCUUUUCAAGAUUUGCAAAUAGAGAAAGUAAUACCACACCAACAAUACAACGCAAAAUUUUUGACCGACGACAUUGCUCUUCUUCGAGUGGCUCCUAUUAAAACUUCAGGUACACGACCACAAUUUCAGAACAAUUUAAGUUUGUUGUUUGUAGAAAAUAGCCGUCCUGUUUGCCUUCCGUUGGCCGAAAGUAGAAAUUACAACUUUACAAACCGAAAUGCGGUUGUGACAGGAUGGGGAAUGACUGAAAAUGGCCGACCUAGUCCUGAUUUGUUAAAAGUUGCCCUGUCUGUAGUUCCUUUGGAGGAGUGUAAAAGACUGUACAAAACCACUGCCAAUUUGAAUGAGCGUCAGUUAUGUGCCGGGGGAAAAAACAAGGACUCUUGUGGAGGCGAUAGUGGAGGGCCUCUCCAAGUCAUGGGGAGAAUAUUUGGAGAGACACGGAUUGUACAGCAAGGAAUUGUCUCAUUUGGGCCCAGAAAUUGCGGCAGUUCUUAUUUGCCGGGGGUUUACACGAGAGUGGCUGCUUUCAUGGACUGGAUUCUCGACAAUAUGGAACCCUAACUAGACUAAGCACCUAAAUUAUUGUAACGUGUUUUAAGAAAAAUAAACGAAAUAUUACGCAG